AGAGUUAUAUUUUAUUGGAUCCCUUUCUCCCUCGUUCCGCUGCUCCUAUUUUUUCCCGCUUCCCUCCAUGCUUUUCCGUUUCCCUCCAUUCUCCCCUCUCUCCAUAGAUUUCCCUCUCUUCUGCUCCUUCUUUCUUUAUAAGCUCUAAAAAUCUUGCCUUUUUUUGGGGAAAUCGUUAAGAGAUCAAAGAUCUCACGGAGAUUAGCGAGGGGGAGGGAGGUUUAGUUCUUUCGUGGCGAUCUCUUCUCUUCUCUGUUCGAAGAUCGCUCCUUUUUCUUUUUAAAGCGAGCUGCAAGGAAAGAUCUCGCGAGGAGAGUGAGUGAGAGUGAGGUUUUGCUGUUCCGCCCCAAUCCCCCUUAUCAGAUCUCGGCUAAGGGAGCGGCUUUCAAGCCCGUCUUCUCUUCUAUCUCGAUUUCUAUACUCCAAGGGCGCCUUCCUUUUUUUCGUUUUAGAUCUUCGAGAAAGAAGCGAUUUUGGACCGAGUGAUGGAUCUAUGUGGUGAAAAGGAAACCGGAUCUAUAGAUCUGGGCAGUAGCAGAGAGAGUUCAGGGGAGCUGAAGAGCUGCGCGGAUUGCCGGACCACCAAGACGCCGCUCUGGCGAGGGGGCCCCUCGGGACCUAAGUCGCUCUGCAACGCGUGCGGGAUUCGAUACCGGAAGAAGAGGAGGGCAGUGCUGGGGCUCAAGGAAGGGGAGAGGAGAGAGAGGAAGCAGAAGAGAGAGGAGAGCAGCAGCACCAAAGACUUGGGUGGGGUUUCGGUGAAGCUUAGGAUGCUAGGGGUGGGGAGUGAAGUAUUGUUCAAGAGGAGAUCUCUUCUUGAGAGGAAGAAGAGGAGGAUGGGCGAAGUGGAGGAGGCUGCUGUGCUCUUGAUGGCCCUCUCCUCUGGAUUCCUCUAUGCUUAGUUUUACUCUGUUAUAUUAGUCUUUAUUAGUCGAGAGAGAGGAUAAGAAGAGGAAAAGUUUUGGAUGCUGGUCUUCUUUUUUUUGUUUCUUUUCUUUGGUUUAAGAAGGGGGAGGGGGGCUUAAUCAAUCAAGCAUACUGUCUCCCCUGUUCUAAUGUAUAAUGUUACCGUAAAUGAAGAAUUUUGCUUGCUUUUCUUUUUCUU